AUGCUUCCUCUGAACCCCUUCCUGGCCGCCUUCUUCCGACACGGGAAUCCCACUGCCGCGCAGUGCUCGCCUGUGCACCACUACAUCCUCUUUGUCCCCACGACCGAGUUCUUCCUCACCUCCCGCGAGAUCGAGAGCGGCCAGUCGCCUUCGGAAUUCGUGGCCUCCGAAGACUUCCUGGGCAGCCAUGUGCUCAAGAUCCCCAGUGGCGCCGCCUCGGCGGGAGGGAAGGACUCGAGCGUGGGAAACUUACGGGAGCUAAGGGGCAAGGCGCGCCAGUACAACACCCUCAACGGCCGCAGUGUCGUCGUCAAGGAUGCUUUCGUCUACAGCAAUAAAGGCUUCCGAACUCUGGCCCAGGCCCAGAUACUUAGCGACUCCAUCUGGUACGCCGAUACGCUGGAACCGAAGCAAUGGCUGAUAUACUACAUAUCGCGACCACUGGUGGGCACGUGGGAGGAGGUGCAAGUCCCGAAGGCCGUCUUCUCGCCCGGCAUGGCCAAGAGGAAGAUUGCAGACGCCAGGCAAGCUGCCGCCAUCGAGAAUGGGGAACCAAGCCUGCCGCGGAAAAAGGAGAUCAAGAGCUUCCAUGAUCUGUUGGCCAAUUUUCCGAUAAUCGCCAGACAGAUGCAGGCAGGGCUCGACAAGCUGUUCCGAGAGUUCCACACCGUGUUCGAGAGACCGCUUCCGCCACCCCCGUCCGCUGCCCACAUCCCCGAUCCAACGCCGGACGGUCCGAUCGCUACGGCUAUGAAACAGGUACGGUCUAGCAGUACUCCCGGCCGGCGCGUCAGUGUUAGUGCCAAUGGGUCUGCCUCGAGUCGAAGUCGAGCAACGGAGAACUUCUUUGCCGAGGACGAUGAAGACGUUAUGAGAGCUUCGCUUGAAACGGCUGUGACUACUGCCAUUGAUCUCUUUCAGAACGUGGACAAGCAACAACUCUCCAUGCUCGGUGCCACUACCGAUCUCACGGGCCCUGUAGUUGAACGCCUGAUCGAGAAGUAUGUCGCCGAAAACGUUCAUAGCCUCAUAUGGACCCGGCUUGCUGCCAUGCACCGCGCCGAAGACCUGGAGUUGGAAGCCAAGAUACGUCAAAUGGAGUAUAUCGACAUCUCCCAGCUAGGUCUGGCGAUGGAGGGCGGCCAGAAGGAGAAGCGCGAAUUGACUGUGCGGCUCGGACAGGCAAUCGUAUACUUCGGGGGUAUGUUCACGGCAACGUGCCCUCAAGAGAUGCUGGAAUUGCUGUUGUCAACCAUGAAGGCAGUCGCAACUCUUACUGAACAGCCGAGGCCAGAGAUUGGCGCAACCCCAACGGCCGAAAAGCCCCCUCUCACCGUCAACGCCGACACACUGGUCUCUCUGCUCCUAUACGUGGUCAUAAGGGCUGGUGUCAAGAACCUGCAGGCGCGCCUGCAGUAUAUGAAGCACUUCAUCUUCAUCGACGACGUAGAAAGCGGUGAGAUGGGCUAUGCCCUGAGUACCUUUGAGGCGGGAUUAUCCUACUUGAUGCGAGAUUCGAGCACGCUGAGACGGGCAAGCCGCCGCAAUAAGGAUUUGUGGGAUGCCACAGCCAAGGGUGAUACUGCAGAACUCAAGAAAAUCAUGGAUCCCCAUGCCGAGGCCGUUGAAGAUGAGCCUUUGGAAUCCCCUAUCUCCUGUCAUGCGCCAUCCGUCAGCUGGAGCAUGGUAAACGGGUCAUCGAGAAGGUCGUCCACAGCAUACAGCAUAUCAGAAGCCUAUUCGCAAGGUUCAGGACUCAGUCAUGUCUUCCCUUUUCAGAAUAGCGUGACUGAUGAUUCAUCCUUCACUCCUGCCAAGCGUGUCAAAAAGGUGGCUUUGGAUACUAGGAGCAUGUCUAGCGGCUCGGAAUUCUCGUAUCACUCCAGAGCCGCGAGUAUUGCGACGACGUUAGGCAGCGGCAUAGAGGGUGACACAUCCGUUUCUCGUCUAUGUCAAACACAAGAUUCCUUCGGGGAAUCGAUACCAAUGAUGGCAAUCCAGAACGAGAGGCCCGAGACCUUGAGAUAUCUCCUGUCUCUAAAUGAGUUUUUCCCGGCCGAUGUGAUCCUGCAGGACAGUAACAACCAAGGCACUACACUGCUAAGUGCUGCUGUUCAGCUGGGUCACACCGAGCUGAUUGAUAUUAUCUUGGACUUCAUCAUGGGUGCAACCGACAGAAGGCAUCUCGCCAAGUACAUUGCGCUGCAGGACACCAUGGGCCGCAGCGUCGCGCACUAUCUGUUCCACGCGCCCUUCUUGAUCGGGCGCAUCGGGAAUUUACUCCCAUGGCGGCAAAAGGAUAAAAAUGGGCUGACACCCUUAUUCUCUCUAUGCCGUUCCUAUGACCAUACCAAUUACCACUCCAUGGUGGAAGCUGGACUCGAAGCCGCGACGGAGUCUCAGGGCGAUGGCCAGCCCUUGCACUUGGAUGAUCAUGUCGAUGCCAAGGGCAACACGCUCCUGCACAUUGUGCACGAUGCAUCUCUGACCCUGCGAAUUCUUCAGCAUUGUGACGUGGAUGUCAAUGCAACCAAUGAGAAGAAGUUCUCGGCACUCAUGCUAGCCAGCAAGUACGGCCGUUAUGACAUUGUGCGGGCUCUGUAUGGAGACCAAAGAGUCGACGUCGCGGCAAAAGACCUCCGGGGAUUGACCGCCGUGGAAUUGGCCAAAGAUGACGAAGUUCGCAACAAAAUAGACGACCUCACCCUAUUCUCUAUGCCGGCGGGCGACGAUGCCAGAGUCACAGGUGUCGUGCGGUCGUUUUUCGUGGAAGAUGCCACCAUCCGGCUCGUCAUUAAGUCUGGCGCGCCGAGCGAGAACAACAGUUUUACGAUCACGACGUGCCGCCGCUCCAUGGCAGAUUUUGAGCGUCUCGCAACCCUACUGUCAAUCGAAAAUCCUGCUUCGUGGAUCCCAACCAUCUACAGCCAGCGGACACCCUUUCAGAUCCCAUCGAAACCCUCGAGGGCAGUCUUGAAGGACAUCCAAGUGCGUGCCGACUGGUUUAUCAAGAUCCUGCUUUCACAUCCUACUUUCGCAACCCAUGAAAUGUUAUGGGAGUUUUUCCUUGUGCCCGACCUGCAACCGGACAUGAUAGAGCAGCGUAGCAAGCUAAAAGCUGAGACACGCGUUGAAAACGUACACGACGACUAUGAGCCGCUUGAAGAUCUCCGUGAGGUGGAGCAAUUUGUCGAUCAUGCCCGUGACAUGGUUCGCAGCGUCAACUACUCAACGAAAAGUGUUGCGCGACGAACCAACGGGCUAUCAGUGGCGAGUACUGACCUCUACGAAGCAGCAAGUCUCCUCAACAAACAAGUUGGCAACCUACCUUUCCUGCCACAAACACAUAUUUCUGCGUUUGAUGCAUAUGUCCGGACUCUACUACCUCUGCAGUCCGCCCCGACGCAAACACUCCAUUCUACAUUUUUGGCCAUUCAGUCGACCAUGACAGCUAUGCUAGCGGCACUCGCGCGCCCGCCACAGAUUGUCGCCCAGAUCCAAGCAUCUCGUCGGGCUAUCGAACGUUCAUACAACUCGCUCAACCGCUCUACCCGUUGGCCGUUGGGCCUCCUGGACGACACACGGCAGAGGAUCAAUGAGGACAGGGAGGAGAGGGCGCGUGAAAAACAGAAGGAGGUCGACGAGCUGAGUCGGGAACUACGAUACACUCAACAGGUUGUCGCCGGCGAGCUCGCCGGUUGGCAAGACAUGCACGAGAAAAUGGGCAAGCGUGCCAUGCGGGAUUUCGCGAGAAAUAUGGUUGUUCUUGAACGUGAACGUCUGGCUGGCUUGAACCGAGCAAUCCGCAAACUCCGAGAGGUUCCCACAGGCCCAGUAUUCCGGAUGGACUCUGUAGGUGGGCCACAGGCGGAGGAAGUAAUCGAUGAGCUGGAAGCUCGACGCCAGAUGGAGAGUGUGGUCGACUCUGGGAUCAUUGAUUCCCUUGCGCCGCAGAUAGAGGAUGAGGCAGGGCCCUCAACAGUUGGUUCGACGGACGGAGGCGAUCCUAGUGGUGCCAGUGGUGAGUCCAGUGCGACAGGCCCAGCACUUUCUGGGAAUGAGCCGCGGUAA